CGGUGGCGCGGAGGCCGGACCGGGCGGCGGCCCAGGCGGCGCGGGGGGCGCGGCGGCCAAGGCGGGCGGCGCGGGCGACAUGACGGACAACAUCCCGCUGCAGCCGGUGCGCCAAAAGAAGCGGAUGGACAGCAGGCCCCGCGCCGGGUGCUGUGAGUGGGUGCGAUGCUGCGGUGGAGGGGAGCCCAGGCCCCGCACUGUGUGGUUGGGGCAUCCCGAGAAGAGGGACCAGAGGUACCCUUGGAAUGUCAUCAACAACCAGAAGUACAACUUCUUCACCUUUCUUCCUGGGGUGCUGUUUAACCAGUUCAAAUACUUUUUCAACCUCUAUUUCUUACUUCUUGCCUGCUCUCAGUUUGUUCCUGAGAUGAGACUCGGUGCCCUCUAUACCUACUGGGUCCCCCUGGGCUUUGUGUUGGCCGUCACUGUCAUCCGAGAGGCUGUGGAGGAGAUCCGAUGCUAUGUGCGGGACAGGGAAGUCAACUGCCAGGUCUACAGCCGGCUCACGACGAGAGGGACAGUGAAGGUGAAGAGCUCCAACAUCCAGGUUGGAGAUCUUAUCAUCGUUGAAAAGAACCAGCGGGUCCCUGCUGACAUGAUCUUCCUGAGGACAUCAGAAAAAAACGGGUCUUGCUUCCUGCGGACAGAUCAGCUGGACGGCGAGACAGACUGGAAGCUGCGGCUCCCUGUGGCCUGCACGCAGAGGCUCCCCACUGCGGCCGAUCUCCUUCAGAUUCGAUCAUACGUCUAUGCAGAAGAGCCAAAUAUCGACAUUCACAACUUUGUGGGAACUUUUACCAGAGAAGACAGCGACCCUCCGAUCAGCGAGAGCUUGAGCAUAGAGAACACACUCUGGGCUGGUACUGUCAUUGCGUCGGGUACUGUCGUGGGUGUUGUUCUUUACACGGGCAGAGAACUCCGGAGCGUCAUGAACACUUCAAAUCCUCGAAGUAAGAUUGGCCUGUUUGACCUGGAAGUGAACUGCCUUACCAAGAUCCUCUUUGGUGCUUUGGUGGUGGUGUCGCUGGUCAUGGUCGCCCUUCAGCACUUUGCUGGGCGUUGGUACCUCCAGAUCAUCCGCUUCCUCCUCUUGUUUUCCAACAUCAUUCCCAUCAGCCUGCGUGUGAACCUCGACAUGGGCAAGAUUGUGUACAGCUGGGUGAUUCGGAGGGACUCGAAAAUCCCUGCGACCGUGGUUCGUUCCAGCACCAUCCCUGAGCAGCUGGGAAGGAUUUCUUACUUACUCACGGACAAGACAGGAACUCUUACCCAGAAUGAGAUGGUUUUCAAACGGCUCCAUCUGGGCACUGUGGCCUAUGGCCUGGACUCAAUGGAUGAAGUACAGAGCCACAUAUUUAGUAUUUAUACCCAGCAAUCCCAGGAUCCACCUGCUCAGAAGGGCCCCACGCUCACCACCAAAGUCCGGCGGACCAUGAGCAGCCGUGUGCACGAGGCCGUGAAGGCCAUUGCGCUCUGCCACAAUGUGACUCCUGUGUACGAGUCCAAUGGUGUGACCGACCAGGCUGAGGCCGAGAAGCAGUACGAAGACUCCUGCCGCGUGUACCAGGCCUCCAGCCCAGAUGAGGUGGCCCUGGUACAGUGGACCGAAAGCGUGGGCUUAACCCUGGUGGGCCGAGACCAGUCUUCCAUGCAGCUGAGGACCCCUGGCGACCAGAUCCUGAACUUCACCAUCUUACAGAUAUUCCCUUUCACCUAUGAAAGCAAGCGCAUGGGCAUCAUCGUGAGGGAUGAAUCAACGGGAGAGAUUACGUUUUACAUGAAGGGAGCGGAUGUUGUCAUGGCUGGCAUCGUGCAGUACAAUGACUGGCUGGAGGAAGAGUGUGGAAACAUGGCCCGAGAAGGUCUGCGGGUGCUCGUGGUGGCGAAGAAGUCUCUCGCAGAGGAGCAGUAUCAAGACUUUGAAGCCCGCUAUGUCCAGGCCAAGCUGAGUGUGCACGACCGCUCACUCAAAGUGGCCACCGUGAUCGAGAGCCUGGAGAUGGAGAUGGAGCUGCUGUGUCUGACGGGGGUGGAGGACCAGCUGCAGGCGGACGUGAGGCCCACCCUGGAGACGCUGAGGAAUGCUGGCAUUAAGGUCUGGAUGCUGACGGGGGACAAGCUGGAGACAGCUACGUGCACAGCGAAGAACGCACAUCUGGUGACCAGAAACCAGGACAUCCACGUUUUCCGGCUGGUGACCAACCGCAGUGAGGCCCAUCUCGAGCUGAACGCUUUCCGCAGGAAGCAUGACUGUGCCCUGGUCAUCUCUGGAGACUCCUUGGAGGUUUGCCUCAAGUACUAUGAGUAUGAGUUCAUGGAGCUGGCCUGCCAGUGCCCAGCUGUGGUCUGCUGCCGCUGCACCCCCACCCAGAAGGCCCAGAUCGUGCGCCUGCUCCAGGAACGCACCGGGAAGCUCACCUGCGCAGUGGGUGAUGGAGGCAAUGAUGUCAGCAUGAUUCAGGAAUCUGACUGCGGCGUGGGGGUCGAGGGGAAGGAAGGCAAACAGGCUUCCCUGGCUGCAGACUUCUCCAUCACGCAGUUCCAGCACCUCGGCCGGUUGCUCAUGGUGCACGGCCGGAACAGCUACAAGCGCUCAGCCGCCCUCAGCCAGUUCGUGAUCCACCGGAGCCUCUGCAUCAGCACCAUGCAGGCUGUCUUUUCCUCCGUGUUUUACUUUGCCUCCGUUCCUCUCUAUCAAGGAUUCCUCAUCAUUGGGUACUCCACCAUUUACACCAUGUUUCCUGUGUUUUCUCUGGUCUUGGACAAAGAUGUCAAGUCGGAAGUUGCCAUGCUGUAUCCUGAGCUCUACAAGGAUCUCCUCAAGGGAAGACCGUUGUCCUACAAGACCUUCUUAAUAUGGGUUUUGAUUAGCAUCUAUCAAGGGAGCACCAUCAUGUACGGGGCCCUGCUGCUGUUUGAGUCCGAGUUCGUGCACAUUGUGGCGAUUUCCUUCACGUCGCUGAUCCUCACUGAGCUGCUGAUGGUGGCCCUGACGAUCCAGACGUGGCAUUGGCUCAUGACAGUGGCUGAGCUGCUCAGUCUGGCCUGCUACAUCGCCUCCCUGGUGUUCCUACACGAAUUCAUCGAUGUGUAUUUCAUCGCCACUUUGUCGUUCUUGUGGAAGGUCUCCGUUAUCACUCUGGUCAGCUGUCUGCCCCUGUACGUCCUCAAGUACCUGCGGAGACGGUUCUCCCCGCCCAGCUACUCGAAGCUCACAUCGUAGGCGUGUGCUGGCCCGGGGCACAGUAGCCUCUGCGCUCUCCUGGUGGGCAGAGUUCAAGUUGCGUUGUUCUUAACCGCCACCUGUGGAUCUUGCAGUAAUCACUAACAUGUGCAGUUUUGACAUGAAAAGGCUCUGCGCGGAGUCCUGACGCUGAAUGAUCGGGGAGGUUCCUAGAAGGGGCCCACGCGGGCCUGCUCGGGCCCCUGGCGGUUCGGCCCGGGGUGAAUGUACAUAUGUUAAAGCUGGUGGCUCAGCUAACAGAUUUAUACAUGGGUCACUGUGCGAGCUUCCUAUGACUUGAAUUUUGUUGUCAUGUGAUAAAAGUUUCUAAUUGACGAUCGUAGAGGGGUUUUUGUUUUAAACCAUCCUAAUGUGUGUGUACUCUUUACAUCUUUCUCGCUCUUAAAAACCGGUUGUUUCAGAGAAAUGUAAAAGCUCUUGGUAUAGGUUUGCGGGAAAAGACUGUGACUUUGGUAGAAAGUUAUGCAGACGGUAAUCUCAAGGUGGAAAUGCGGAACAUCCUGUCCGAGGUGGCGCUGUUCACUCCUGCCCUCCGCACCGGCUCCCUAGAGUGACACAAAGCAAAUGGGAGGAGAGAGAGUGAGAGAACGGGCCGUAAGUGCAGUCUGGUCUCCUCCCUCGGACUCAGCGUCUCCAGCGCUUCACUUAGCUCCACCUGCCACCUCGCAGAAGAAUUUCAAAAGUGUUAUCCUGCUUUGUUUGGACCUGGUAACAAUUAUCAAGCCUUUGGCCGUCCGAGGACACCCUCAGACGUUUUCAGCAGAGUUGUUGUAGCAGGAAACGUGCCACUGAACAGCUCCCAAACGUGUCGACAGAGUGAGACUCAACUAAUUCUUUAGACGACGCUGCACAUGUGGCCGGGCCCCUCCGAGUCCUGAGGGCAAGGUCAGGGAUGGGGGCUCGAGGCUUCCACACAAGUCUGUUUUCCAUCAGGAGGCUGAAUGACAAAGGCAGAGGCGUCUCACGUGUUGCCGCGCAUCGUUUGUCGGUGGCCGCCCCGGUGGGAGGAGGCCCGGGCUCCGUCGCGCUGCCCACAGCUUUCAAGGGGAACUUGCUGGAAGGCAGGCGGUGGUAGAGAUCCCUCCCCCACAGGGACAGAGUACACGCAUGUGUGUUUCUCAUAAAGCUGUGGCUUCUUGCUUCAGAGGAGGAAGGGGGUGUGCAAGGCCUGCACGGGGCAGGGCAAAGCAUUCAUUCUUGGGUUUUCAAGUCGCUCGGCGCCACAGCCGCAUAUGCAUGGCACCAGCGUUCGGCUGGUCGAUCUUCCAGAGCUGACCGUGCUCAAGAUCUUGGACUUGGAUUAAUUCCUUCAGCCCUCCUGCUUGUGUGGGCUUCAGGGCUCCGAGCUCCGGCCUGGUGGCGGCGCCCACUACCCUCCGGGCAUCCGGUUCUGGGGGAGUUGGGGGUGGGAGGAACAGGCGGUGGUCCCCUUCCCUGGGGAGCCCUCUCGAUACGCUCGUGUGUUUAUGUUGCCCGUUUAAAACUUCAUAAAAUGGCCGUAGGUUUCAGGCACUGGGAAGCUGGCUGUAGACGUGGCUUCUGUGUUAAGAUUGUGCAUUUCUGCAGUCACGUUUGCCUUCCUGUGCCACCCAUUCCUGCCACACACAAAAGACCUACAGAGAAUAUAGGUUGCAGUGAAUGGUUAUUUACGAAUAGGACCUUGGUCCCAAACUCUUAGAAAGAUCGAACACAUCAGACAUCUUCCUGAGUGACGUUAUGGAGUUUCAUAGGUAGGGGAGGGGAGCGUGGGGCUCAGUUUCACAUUUCCGAUCUGUGCUUUUGGAAGUCCAAUUAUAAGUCUUAAGUCGUUCCGUUCUGAGUUUGCAGACCCUGAAACUGGCCUUCUUCACAGGUGAUGGCUCCUGAGGUAGGGCUUGUAGAACUAUUGCUAGGAAAUUUUAGACGUUCCCAGCAGAUAGAGGGAGAUGGUCUCUCUGGUUUUUUCCCUCAAGUCCCAAGUUUGAUCCAGGUGUGUGAGUUGACUUUUGAAGUCAACACCUGAGAUACUGCUUGCCAUCUCCAAGGAAGGAAGCUUCUCAGAGAGGCUGAAGAAGCCCCCCUACCCCCCGGAAGUUGAAGGAUGCUUGUCUGUACCAUUGCAAACCUUUUUCCCUUGUCUCGGCCGUACUCUGGUAGGCAGUCAAGGGCCAGAGGGACCGGAACCCAAGUGGAGCCCAGACCACCAUGCUGUGGAGCGGCCCCAUUAGUGGGCAGCCUGUUCACGCCCCCUGCCGGGGGGCCUCGAAUAGCCAGGAACACGCGUGCUUCUCAAAGUUGGAGCCUCAAAGGGCAGGAUCCUCACCUGCACAUGUCAGACUCAUCCCAGCAGAGAGAAGUGGUGCACACGCGGGUUAUCUUAGUUAUAGGGGAAGACAAACACCCGAGCUACUUUAUAGGAAACUCCUGAGUUCAUAAACUGUAAGCAUAAGGAUUCUGUUGACCAUUUCCUUGGUUUACCAAUCUGGAAAGAAUUUAGGAAGCACCACUGACCCCUUCCCCUCUUUUUGGACCUCAGUGGGACCUAAGUCUCUGACAGCUGAUUUAAUUCGAGGCUGGAGGCCCCACGGCAUGCCAUCAGUGCUGUUCAAACAUUUCUCCUUAAAGUAAAAAUUACAACCCCCCCCCGCCCACCCUCUGACACCACUACCCAUUUCUGUCACAGUAAGCACAUAUGUUUUAUGAUGAUUUUUAUUCGCUCUUCCGGUGAUCGUUGUGUGUGCGUGAGGACAAUGGGAUCUGUUCGUGGUUUCUCCUUUUUCCCUCCUUCCUCUAAGAAAAUGACCAGAUGGAGCUUCUCCAUCUCCAGUAAUUUCUGAUGCCUGACAGUGUUGGUUCUUGUUUGGCGGCUGUGCGGGCACAGGUGCGCAUUGCCCGCGAUGCUGGGAGAGCUGGUUGCACUGACUGGGGCUGCUUGGGGCGGCGGACUCCGUCAUGGAGCCAUGGAGGGCAUCCCCGGGAGCAUCCUGACAUCGGAGCAAACAACCUGUUUGCAGCUGCUGGGAGCUGGGAGACCAAGAGCUGGGGUGUCUCCCACUGAUGCGGUUAUUCUAUCCAGGUCUCAGGCCAGCUUCCCUUAAUAAGUGAAGCCCUUUCAUGUCGCAGUAAUCUUGAAUACCAGUGUCUGCUUACCCUUCCCUUAGUGUGUUCUCUGCUGAAAGUUUAGGUUACACUGACAACUUUUGAAUGUAUUUUGAGUUUUGUGCUCAUUGGAAAUUGACACGAUAAUGCCUCUUCUUUCUCCGGGCUUUUGCUUUUAUACUUUGUUUUGUUUUUACUGGGGUGGGGAUGGGAACGCCCUCAUGCCUUUAUGGGGCAGCAUUUUAAACCUUUGCCAAAAUUUGCUGAUGGGACCUACAUGUGCUUCCACUCCAUCCUAUUGAAGGCAAACACCUGUCAGCUGUUUAAUCUGUGUGUAAGUGUGUGUGUAUGUGAGUGUGUCACCUCCAAUUUUUUGAUGAGAUACUUGGUUUGCAUUUAAAUCCCGUUAAUCCCAGCUUUGUUUUCAUUAAAAAGCAUACAAGGAGCUUUGUAAAUACAACCGCUUUUAUCUCCUCCCUUCCUUUAAUGUAAAGCCUUUUGUCAUGUAUACUUAUGGGGAAAUAUUUCCACUAAUGAUGUUCAUUUCGUCUUGGAAAAGUAUAUGUUUUCGAAUGGAACGGAGAGGCACACCAUGGCGUGAGCAGCGCCCUGAAGACCUUGAGCUCUGCGGCACCUGCUCACGCCCCAGCAGCUUUACCUGCGGAUCCGUCCUGGUCACCCCGUGGUCAGAGGUGCCGUCCGUUCACAUAGCUGGGCAACGUCAGUGAAUCCUGUGUUUGUGGGGGGGGGGAGGCAGGUGGGGGAUGCACAAAAAAGUUGUGGCUAAUCUCUGAUUUUGUUGCAAUGGGGCUAACUAUAAACUCUCCUAGGAGUCCAUGUAGGUCUGUACGGGUGAUCGCCUUGCAGAUACUCACCAGGACAGCGUUUUGUCAUUAGAGGGAAGCCUGGUACAGGAUGCUUUAAUUUAGUGGGGACUCCCAGAUGAUUUAAAUUCUCGAUGCUGUGAUGAUACACAUGUGAUCCUGCGUGUUUCUGAGCGGUUCUCCUUUCAUGGUCUGCCAGCCUGGCCCGUCGCUGUUGCCCAAUAAAGCUUGUGUACUUUA